CGGUAUUUCAGGGCGUGGCCGGGCGGAAGCGGCCGAGUAGCGCGGGCGCGGGAGUGGAGCAGAGCAGGGUUGCAGCCAUGGCCGGGGCUACCACGAUCGAGGCGGUGAAGCGUAAGAUCCAGGUGCUGCAGCAGCAGGCGGACGACGCCGAGGAGCGCGCGGACCGCCUGCAGCGCGAGGUGGAGGCCGAGCGCCACAACCGCGAGCAGGCUGAAGCAGAAGUGGCAUCCCUGAACCGACGUAUCCAGCUGGUUGAGGAGGAGUUGGACAGAGCCCAGGAGCGUCUUGCCACAGCGCUCCAGAAGCUAGAGGAGGCUGAGAAAGCUGCUGACGAGAGUGAGCGGGGCAUGAAGGUGAUUGAAAACAGAGCCCUAAAGGAUGAGGAAAAGAUGGAGCUGCAGGAGAUCCAGCUCAAGGAAGCCAAGCACAUUGCGGAGGAGGCUGACAGGAAGUAUGAAGAGGUUGCCCGGAAGCUGGUGAUCAUUGAAGGAGACCUGGAGCGCACUGAGGAGAGGGCUGAGCUUGCAGAGUCUCGUGUCCGGGAGGUGGAGGAGCAGAUCCGAAUGAUGGACCAGAACUUGAAGUGUCUGGCUGUGGCCGAAGAAAAGUACUCCCAAAAAGAGGACAAGUAUGAAGAGGAGAUCAAGAUCCUGACCGACAAACUCAAGGAGGCGGAGACCCGUGCCGAAUUUGCUGAGCGAUCAGUAGCCAAACUGGAGAAGACCAUUGAUGACUUGGAAGAUAAAUCUUGUGAUUCCAAACUCCACUUUGGAUUUGCCUCUCUGCUUGAUCACUUGUUCUGCAUCUGCAACCUUCACUCUCACGUGCUCAUCCUCCUGCUCACUGUGCCUUCCAGGGCCCUUGUCCAGUUAGACUGUAUGCAAGGCAGCCCAGGGAGUCAACACUGUAAAGAUGCUGUGAAACUUGACAGUGGCUGCAGCCCCUGGUGCACUGCACUUGUUCCUAAACAAAGCUUCCUGUGUAUGAUUGACAUGCCAGACACUGUGGUGCACACCAGGGCUGCCCUUACCGUGUGUCUGGGUGUGGGGCUGAGUGUCUGUUGUCAUCUGCCUAUUCUGUGUAGAGUCAUAAAGCUCCUUUUGUACUUCUCUCUUGCCUCUUGGUUUAGCGUGAAGUCGCCUUUUUAAGGGGGGAAAAAACUACCUACAUGUGUAAAUUCACGGUGAGUGAAACAGCUGCUCUCAAAACAGGUAUCUAGUGGCUGCUCUAUCCUAGAGCUCUGGUGUCUUGCCCCAGUGCAACUCCCUUGUCAGUGGAAUACAUCAAUGUUGCACCAAGCUCCGUGCGGCUGUCUGUGUUCUUGCCUCAAGUGUUCACGUGACAUUGCUAAAGAGCCCUCCUGGUGCAGCAAAAAUCCUGAGGCUGCAUUUGGUCAUGAUCACCCCGAUUAUUUGUUUGUUUGUUUAUUUAUUUAUUUAUUUAUUUUAAGCCCAUGCAGAUAGUGCUGGAACUGUUUUGUGCUAGUGUGCUGUGCAGAGGUUCUCAGUUCAUUAGCUUCCAUAUCCCAUCAAAGCAUUCAUAUUAAAUGCCUGCUGAAUUUUGGACAGGUAUUGGUAAGAGGUAAAGUUUCUGCACUGACCUGUGCCUGCUUGGAGGUGAGGCAUCUGCCUCUGCUUUCCAGAUGUGGGUGUGUCUGUACAAAAGGGAUGCUAUUGGCAUCAAAAUGCAGAGCUGGUCACGGGCACCCUUGGCUGCAGGUCUGUGGUGGGAUCUACUUGGUCCUUGGAGGUUGCAUGGUUGCACACAUGCUGCAGGCACAUCUCUAAGUGCCACAUCUUACUGCCAACCUGGAACUUUCUGGCAUCGUUUUCUGGCAUGGGGGCACCCUGCACCAUGUCGGGGCAUGGUGCAGAGCGAAAAGCCAUCCCUGCCAGAUCAGUCAGCCCUGCUGCUGGGCAUUCGUGGGGACUUGGAAAGGUGCAAGGUAUCCUAUGAAGGCACUCUCACUGUCAUAUAUCCUCCAUAGCAAAGCUGCUUGUUGGCUUCUGCCACAGCUAAGAAACUUGCCGCCUCCCCAGCAUGAGCGGCAUCACAUUGCAAUCUCAGGCCUGAUAUGGCCCCUGUUUUUAUCCUCUUAGUGCUGCUCCUAGACAUCCCAACUGGUCUGGGGAGGGGGGGUGGGCUGAGCCAGCACUUAGCGGGGUAAGACAUCCUGUCCUAGAUCUGAGGCUGUCCCCUGGGGCAGGGAGGCCUAGAAAGACCUGCUUAGGAGUGGAUUAACUCCAUCUAAAUCUGCAUGGAAUGGUGGGUAGAAGUGCUUCUGAAAUGACCUUGAAGAAGGGAGGUAUGGGCAGGACCUCCCUGCCCAGAGGUGGAUGGUUAGUGCCCAGGUGAGGCAAUGUCUGGUCUGGGGCUUAGUCACUCUGUAGCCUGAUGGGCUUCUUGCCUAGCAGUGGGCUGGGCUCCUGGCUGGGGGUGCCAUAAACACAGAUAAAAUCCCUUUGAAAUGCAAUCCUGAGCCUCCAGGCCAUCUGGCACCAUCCUUCCUUAGCCCUGGGGGAGGGGGAUCUUUUUGAAGCCAGCGGGCUCGAGAACAAAGCAGCAUAGUUGGAUACAGAGCCCCUUUCCUGGGAACUGGCUAGUUAGUGGGCUGGCGCCAGGCUCCUUUCCUGUAAGCUGUUGCGCUGACCUCUGUGCUGAUGGUCCCACAGUGCACUGUCAUAUUGAGAAGGUCUGUGCUGUCACUAAAUCCCCUGGUACAGGAGCUCUGCUUCCAGCUCUUCCUGCCUAAGCAGGGGCUGUGUUUGCCGUCUGCCUGGAGCCUUGCCUGUCUCUGCAGAUACGGACAGAGUCCCAGUGAGCAGUGGCCCCAAGGGAGGGUGAGAUCUGUGGGGAUCUGAGGCUGCAAUUCCAUGUUACUUCUGCUGUAGGUGCCACACCAGGGGCCCUGUCCCUCUCCUGCUUCUACAACUGCUACUUAACCUCAGGCUUAGACCAGUCACUGGGUGGUUUGUUCAGCAGCCUUCAAGCCCAGAGAAUGCAUACCUAAUGAGUGGAGCCCUUGCUGGAGCAAGCAACAGCUCCCCAAGGAUGGGGCAACAGCCCCAUAGACAUCUGGUCACACCUGCUGCUGACUUUGGGCCCCCUUUCCUUCCCCCUGGGUGGUGGCUGGUGUGCACUAGCUGCCUACUCCCCCUGACCCCAGAAUACUGCAGGUAGGCUGCAUGCCUUCUGUCCUGUUUGGCAGGGAAGCUGAGCCGGUAGAUGCCUGCCCCUCCAGUUUUGAGGUUGCUGGCCCAGUCCUAGCCGAUAGAACAGGCCUCUCUGCGUCAGGCAACAGCACGCUGCUGUACCAUCCCCAGGGCUGAAAUGUAAAUGCAGCAUGCCAAAGGCAGGUCCUGUUCUAGAGCAUCUGUCCCUGUCCUGCCAGCUGACCAUGUGGUUCUGGACUUAGCUCUGCUCUGCUACCUGGAGUGCCUGGCUGGUGUUGCUGGGUAGCAUGUGCUCCAUCAGGAGCAUGGGCAGGGCAUCCUUGCUAGGUGUCCUGACACAUCUGUCCCCAAGGGACUUCCACGGUGGCUCAUCGCUAAUACUGUUUGAAAGCAGGCAAGGCUUUGGGGCUCCCUUGUACUGCUGACCUGGUAGGAAGCUUGUGGGGGGCCAAAGUCUCACCCUGCAGGUGAUCCUUCUAGCUCUUGGGACCCAGCCUUACAAGCACUAGUUCCACAUAAAUGCUGCCCUAAAUGGCCCUGACAACUAGUCUACUUUCUUGCACUCUGCUUAUACAGAACACGGUGCCUCCAAGUGUCAUCUGGUGUUGGGGCAUAAGAAACGGGCUGGCAUGUAGGCUUCAUCCUCCAGCACUGUCCUCUGCCUUCCUGUAUCACUACAGAUGCACAGCAACACUUCUGUCUGUACUUGGCUCCUUCUCUGACCCAGUCUGCUUCCUGUUUGCAGGCUGAGGCAUCCAUGGCUUGGAAGUCAUAAAA